GCUGCUGACACCCUGGCUGUGAGGCAGAAGAGAAGGAUCUAUGAUAUCACCAACGUUUUGGAGGGGAUUGAUCUCAUUGAGAAGAAGUCAAAAAACAGCAUUCAGUGGAAAGGAGUAGGUGCUGGCUGCAAUACAAAAGAAGUCAUAGACAGGCUGAGGUAUCUGGAAGCUGAAAUUGAAGAUCUAGAGCUAAAAGAAAAAGAGCUGGAUCAGCAGAAACUGUGGCUACAGCAAAGUAUCAAGAAUGUCAUGGAUGAUUCUACAAACCACCAAUUUUCAUAUGUAACCCAUGAAGAUAUCUGUAACUGCUUCAAUGGAGACACACUUCUAGCAAUUCAAGCACCUUGUGGCACACAGUUAGAAGUACCUAUACCCGAAAUGGGACAGAACGGGCAGAAGAAAUACCAGAUCAACCUUAAAAGUAGUUCAGGACCUAUCCAUGUGCUGCUUAUAAAUAAAGAGUCAAGCUCCUCCAAGCCCAUGGUGUUUCCAGUUCCUCCGCCCGAUGACCUUGCACAACCCUCAUGUCAAACUGCAGUUCCAGCAACUCCCCUUAAACCUGCUACAGCUUCUCAGAAUCCACCAGAACAUGAUCUGAACCAAGCACAAGAGUUACCGCAAACAUCAGCUGUGGACACGCCAUCAGACAGCAGCGUGCAGCAGAACAGUACAACCCCAGCAGCUCCUUACUCCAGCCUUCCAGAGUCGGUGUUGUAUCCCAGCCUUUCAGGAGAUGUCAGCCAAGCUACAGCUAGCUCAAGUGACUACCAGGGCUUGCUGCCCCUGGAUGUUAACUGUAUUCUCAAGCCAAACUCAUUCGACAUAGCAAAGAUGGAGGAGCCAGCAGGAAAUAUCAGUGGAGAUAUUAUUGAUGAACUCAUGUCUUCUGACGUUUUUCCUCUCUUACGACUCUCUCCUACUCCCGGAGAUGACUACAACUUUAACCUGGAUGAUAAUGAAGGAGUCUGUGAUCUCUUUGAUGUGCAGAUACUAAAUUAUUAGAUAUUGUGUCAACCAGACUACUUAUCUACCUCUAACUAUAACAUUCUAGACUUCUUCAUAACCUAAGUAUUUGAAUAAUGAAUGUAUAACUUCUUAGUUCACUGACUCUGGGAGUAUAUUUCCUUUUGCUUCCUUUAACUACUUCACAAAAAAAAAUUCAACAAUGAGAAAAAAGGGCUUUUAUCAAAAAUUCUGGCACGUUUUUUCACCUGAGUGUCGUCUGUGUAAUCCAAUUAUUUGGAGUUUUCUUCAGUAAGAAAAGUGAAAAUACUUUGUAGCCUUUUGAUCAUUUUUUUAAAAAAUGAUUAGGCUUCUUGCUCACUGUUAACAGCAUUGUCUUUGAAGCUUUACUGCCAAGAAGCUUUCUGUAUUUUUUUCCAACCUUUCAAUCAAUUUUGAAGCUUUCACUGCCAAGCUGAAAAGUGAAGGAUAUCAACUCGAGUUAUGCUAAGUUGUUUCAGUGAACCAAUUUUGUGAAGUGCCUUCUGUUUUAGCACUUUAAGUUUCUCACACUGACUUCUGACAUUCCGCUUUCCUAGAUGAUAGGAAAGGUCUGUUUGUAGUUUGUAUUGAAGUGUGCCAAUACUUGUAUAUUAACAAGAUUUUUUUAAUAAAAUUGUACAAACAAA